AUUACUAUAUCUUUUCUUCCAACCAAAUUUACUCUUGGGUUUCACCAUGGAUAAUCCUUCCUCCAUUUGUCAACAUCAAAAACAAAACCCUCCUUUGAUAUAAGGCUUUUGCCUUUGUUCAUUAUCUUCUCCUUCUGCUAAACCCUGCUGCUUUCAUUCCGUCUUCUUCUUCUUUCGCUUUUAACCUUUCCAUUGAUUUCUCUUUUAAUCAUUAUAUUCAAAGUCUUUCCUUUAACCCCAUUUACCAAAUCUCCCUUCUUUUUCAUCCUCUGCUUCCAUUUUUGUUCUUUAUACCCGCUUAGGUCUUCAACUGUUCACAAAAAAGCUCGUAAUUUUAUGUACUUUUCAGCCAUGUUUGUCCUCCAGACUGCUUUUGGGACUAUAAUUUAAACUGGGUUCCUUCCUUUUUCGUUUCUUAUUGAGUUAUCCAAACGCUACUUACUGUUGUUUUCUUGACGCACGGUUUCUCAGCUUUUACUAUGCGGCAAAAUGGGUUGUGAAAACUGUGUCAAUGGUGAAGCAGAUACUAAGCCAUUUUCCAUAAGACAGUUUGUUGUUGAUACCAGGAGAAAAGAUAUCUUUCAUUGUUGGCCAUUUCCAGAGAAGUACUUGCAAAUCUGUCUGAAGUAUGGUAUUAGCAAUGUGUUGCCACCCUUUGAACCAUGUAAUUCAGCUACUCAAACAACAAUCGGAACUGUAGGCUCUCAACAAGAUAAAGAGAAUGUUUUCUUUGAAAAUAAAGUGAGAGAUAUCAUUGUGCAGGAGAAAUUGAUCAAAGAUGAGAGUAAUUCUUACUAUAAUGAGGUGCUAUCAAAAGCCCCCUGCCUUGAAUGCCUUAAAUCUCAUCUGGAUAAUAGCUGUAAGCAUAAAGAUGAAAGCAACUUAAGUACUGAUUACACUUCCAAUGCCAUAGUUCCAGUAAGUCGACAAUCAAGUUCAGUGCAAAGCUCUUACCUCAAUGUUUAUCGGAGAAUCAAUUCACCUUGCCCCAAGAGGUUGAGACAUAAGCGAAGAAAACAUAAAGGGAGACAAAAGAAACGGUCAAUGUUGGAUAUAUUAGCAAGAGCAAAGCUGUGUACUUUGGAGGAUAUCUAUAGAAUUAGAUGUAACCCAAUAAACGUUGCUAAUGAGGUGGUUGAAAGUAGUAGACUGAUGGCACAUGUUGAGGAUAUAAAAGAUGAUGAUGAAGCCAGUAAUGACAAUUUGUCAAGCAAAAAGAGUAGAUCACCAAAGAUAAAGUUUGGUGAAUGCAUAUCCAAGUCAUGGAACAUUAGUUAAAGUGAUUAUCAAAAUUAGAGGCAACAGGCCAUCCGAGUUGAAUAUGAUGUUAGUUGAUGAAACUUCUAAAUUCCUACAGAACAAUGGGAUAUCUUUGCUCCUGGGAUAAGAAUGCAUGAUGGACUGGGACAGCUUCAAUCUAAUUAAAGGCUUUGAAAAGAAAGGUUGAAUGGUGUAAUCAAGCUCAUAAUAACUUACCUGAAUGUUCUGCAAGAUGUCACAGAGGGAAUCUGUCAAUUCUUUAUCCAAAAUUUUGGAGCAAUGACAGAUUUUGUAGGGUGUUUUUGGCAAAUAUGUAAUCCAUUUGUGGCAACAUUGCACUAUUUGACUGCAGUUUGUGAUAUUGUAAUUUAUACAUAAAUGAAAUUUUCAAAUACUUUU